AUGGUGGUGGCUAACCAACCGGACAUAGUGGUGGUAGAAAAACAGAAGAAGACGGCCGUAGUGAUCGAUGGAGUGGUUCCGAAUGACACCAAUAUCAGGAAGAAGGAACACGAGAAGCUGGAGAAAUACCAAGGACUCAGAGAAGAGCUCGAGAGGAUUUUUGUGGAGGUGGUUGGUCCAUCUGACCCAGUUGUGGCAAUAGUUGGUGAUGACACUGUGUUACCCUGUCAUCUGGAUCCUGCUGUGAAUGCUGCUGAUAUGACAGUAGAGUGGACACGAUCUGACCUCACACCCAGAUUUGUGCAUGUUUGGCGUGACGGCGUGGAGCUUGUGAAUAAAAAAAAUGAAGCCUAUAUGGAAAGAACAUCACUACCCAUUAACAAUCUGAAGCUCGGAGACAUUUCACUAAAACUCUCCAAAGUGAAACUGUCAGAUAGGGGAUCAUACAAAUGCUUCAUUCCUGCCCUUAGUGGACAAGCCAGUGUUGAUCUUGUUGUUGGUGUAGUUUCAUCACUUAUCAUCACUGUAAUGAGGAACAGUGAGGACAGUAGUAAAGUGGUGUUACAGUGUGAGUCUGCAGGCUGGUAUCCAGAGCCUGAGCUGCUGUGGUUGGACGGUGAGGGAAACCUCCUCUCUGCUGGACCUACAGAGACCCUCAGAGGUCCUGAUGACCUCUAUACUGUCAGCAGCAGAGUGACUGUGGAGAAGAGACACAGCAACAACAUCACCUGCAGAGUCCAACAGAGGAACACCAACCAGAGCAGAGAGACACACAUACAUGUUCCAGUUCUGCUGGUCACAUCAUCAUAA